GAACACCGGUAGAGCACAGCGGGAUCCAGUUUGUAUUUACUGACUGGGCAGCUUGGUUUUCAGGGCGCUAUGGGCUUCCACCUGUGAGACGCUGGUGCUUAUGGACAUUUCCAUCUUCCAGAUGAGGCGUUGAUUCGGGGUUCCCAUCAUAAUGGUGUUGAGAAAAAGACUAAAAUGGAGCUUUAGCAGUGGGCGGGGUGAUGCCGACGGUGCCUUGUAGCUACAGUUAGCUUGUAGCUCCCUAGCUGGAUGUUAGGCCUUUCGAUUUCUGUGGCUCCUCGGGCAGGAUUAUUCUUUUAUUCCUCCUCAAAUACAACAGGUCUUUAUUGUUUUUAUCCUUGCAACGUAAAAGGAGCAGAUAUGAAGGGUGUUUAUGGUUUUCACAGAUUCAUGAACCGACGGGCUUCUGCUAACUGCCGCUACCAGCCCACCGUCUACGAACAUGCUGCCAACUGCUACACUCAUGCACUCCUCAUCGUGCCGGCCUUCGUGGGAAUGACGCUGUUGCACUGCUUGUCCGACAACAACUGGGAGCGGAUCACGGCCUGGGUGUACGGACUGGGCCUGUGCGCCCUCUUCGUGGUCUCCACCGUGUUUCACAUCAUCACCUGGAAGAAGAGCCACAUGAGGUCAGUGGAGCAGUGCUUCCACAUGUGUGACCGCGUCGUCAUCUACUUCUUCAUCGCUGCCUCUUACACACCUUGGUUGAACCUGCGGGAGCUCGGACCGUUGGCGGCUCACAUGCGCUGGUUUGUGUGGCUCAUGGCUGCUGCCGGGACCAUUUAUGUCUUCAACUAUCAUGAAAAGUACAAACUGGUGGAGUUGGCCUUCUAUUUGACUAUGGGAUUUUUUCCUGCAUCAGUCAUGACAUCAAUGAGCAACACGGACGGCCUGCAGGAGCUGGCGUGUGGAGGACUCAUCUACUGCCUCGGCGUGUUCUUCUUCAAGAGCGACGGCGUCAUCCCCUUUGCUCACGCCAUCUGGCACUUGUUUGUGGCUCUGGCUGCCGCCGUGCACUACUACGCCAUCUGGAAGUACCUGUACAAAGCGCCGAGCUCCGAAUCCCUCCUCCAGUCCUGACCAUCUCUUCGCCCAGCCGCCCCCCCACUGCCCAACCAAGCUGCAACAGUAAAAGUUUACGACAACAACCUUAACUUGUUUACUGUUUUGUAACCAGGAGGAAAGCAGGUUUGUCACCGUCCUCUGAUGAAAUCAAGUGUUUUUGUAAGAGAAGAAAUCUCCAAAGCUUUGGUAUUUGUGACGUUUGAUAGCGUCUUUUUAAAACCACUCAAAGCGAGUCACAUUCCUCUUUAAGGGUCGAUCCGUUUCAUCCGGAGAAAAUCGAGAAAGGUGCUAAAAAUCAGCAGCUCUUAUUUCUACUAAAAGAAACCAAAGCUACAAAUAAAGGCAGCAUAACAAAAACUUCAAAGUUUUAAUACAAUUAAAUUGGUUAAUAAAGUGUUAAGGUAGAGUUAUUCUCAUAUCUGAACCAAAAAUCUUGUGUAAAUCAUGUUUUCUUCUAUUUAUAUCUGUUUAGCUCAUGCUCUCUGUCUGUUUCUACUGGAAGUGAUUGGCGCCCUCUGGUGGCAGCUGGGUAGCAUUCCUCAGUAUUUCAUAAUGUAGAGGAGAAACAGGAGAGCUGAGUGUUAAUGAGCCAAAUGAGGAGACUCCCAAUUAAAAGCAGUUUCAUUUCUUUCCAUUUUUUUUAAAAAUAAAAAUGUGAAUAUUGUGUGUGUGUGUGUGUGUGUGUGUGAGCUGUUGUGUGGUGUAACAUGUCCUGUUGUGUGUUUUGUGAUUCUUGCACACCAAUGUUAAAAAGUGUUUCAUAUCAUGAGGACUUAAGUUUUAAUAAUCAUGACUCUUCUCUUGUGAUCCAGUCUGUUUUCUAUGUUGAUUCUGAUGAUCCUGGCUGUUUUGCAGACAAUAAUUGCUUUUGUUUUGUCUCUUUCACUGGCUGAUGAUGGUUCUUUGUAAAAUCUGAACGCUCCACUGUACUGAACAUCACCUUGGUAAUGUGACAAUAAAGACAAUAACUGCA